GAGAUCGGUUCGGAUGUUCGCAGACGGCGCACGAGCUUGGUUGUAGUAGUUUUUCUCGCGAAGCGUCACGGGGUGAGAUCGCACGGAAGCGAAGGUUGCGCCCGUGACCGCGCCCGCCCGCCGCGACCGCGACAACCGCCCGCCGACACCGCGCAGUAUCGUGCCGCGCUCGCUCAUCCUCGGACCUCGAUCUGCGCUAUCAUCCAACGGAAGCAGUGCGCCGACCUCAGUGAAGUGAUGUGCUCGUGUUGAUUUCGCCGAUGAUGUGCAAGCGGCGAGUGAGUGCAGUGACGCCUCCAAGCGGCAAAGGUGAAGGACGGCGUCGGCGACAGCGACCGUAGCUCGUCAUGUGGAAGUUGCUGAUGCCGCUGCUGGCGCUGGUCGCCUUCGGUGGCGGGGCCACGUUCCCGGCCAACAAAGAGCUUCUCGAGUGUGCUAGCCAGAUCCUGUAUAUGGAUCAGCAUUCGUACCAAGUUCCAACAGACUACAAUAGAAACAUUCCACCAGGUAAAAACACUACAGUGUACAUAGGCGUCAAUAUCAUCCGAGUUUCUGGGGUCGAUGAGAACAAACAGGAGAUAACACUAGACGUAUUUCUGCAAGUGUCAUGGACGGAAGAUCGAUUGAACGUGCCGCAUCGGGUUCCGUUCAUCGACCUGCCGUGGGAGUUCAGGCAGCUCAUCUGGACGCCGGACCUGUACAUCUGGCAGCUACAGACCAUGAAGAUACUGUCCGUCCUACAGGAGAUGGCUUCGCUCAGACUCUACGCUAACCGAACCGUCACAGUCAGUAUUGGAGCGACAAUAACAAUCAAAUGCGACAUGGACUUCGUGCUGUAUCCGUUAGACGUGCAGAACUGUGACAUCGACUUCGGUAGCUACAAGUACACAACUGAGGAUGUUCGGUUCGAGUGGAGAGAGGUGGCCCGGUGGCUAGGUCUAGGUCCAGUCGGCAACGAGCGGAGCGAGUUCCGCCUCCCAAAAUACGUAGUCACUUUCGUCACGGCCAAAAGUAAUCAUAUUCACAUAUUUGGUGAAGGCGAACAUUCCGCGGCGCGAAUGCAGAUAAUACUAUCACGAGAACUCAGGAGCUACCUGUUGGAGAGCUACCUGCCGUCCUCGCUGUUCGUCAUCAUAUCCUGGGGCAGCUUCUGCGUCAUACCAGAAAUCGUCCCGGGACGAAUGGUGCUUCUGGUUACGACACUUUUGUCUUUAGUCACCAUGUUUGAUACUGUCAGUACGAACUCACCUGACGCAUUGGAACUGAAAUGCAUCGAGGUGUGGCUUAUAUCGUGCACGAUAUUCGUAUUCCUGGCAUUACUAGAGUAUUUCGUGGUGCUCUUUGGCAUCCGGUACGACAAAAGCUGGAGCCGCCGGCGACAGGACCUGCGCAGAGCGGCCUCUGCAGCCCAACUGGGACCGCCGCCGCUACACAUCAACCAUUUGCAGAGACUAAGCACCCCCGUGACUGGAACGCCCCAGGGAGGGAUGUUCUCACCCACUUUGAGCGUUGAAGAUGAAGGUCUCAAGCAACAGUUUGAACACCAAGCAAUUCAAAGGGAUUCACCGAUCCUGGAGUCGAUACCGCCAGGGGGACGAGCCACUGGCUUCGUGACCAGAAUGAGAGGGGUCAUCGACAACGGGGUCAUGUUCUGCGGAGCCCAGCACGGGGCGCUCGAUAAAUACGCUCUCAUGAUCUUCCCCAUGUGUUUUCUGCUCUUCAAUGUAAUUUACUGGACCACGUACUUAAGUUGAGCGCUUCGGCGGACACGAGAUUAAUAAAAUCGUGCCGUAUCACAGUUGACGAGACAUUGUUGUUAUAAAGUUUACAAACAUCCUAAUACGUAUUAUAAGUUAAGCAAUAUUCACGUAUUAUGACGAUAAACCAUAUGUAAAUAUAAUCGUUUGUAUAGUGAUUAUGGACAUUCGCUUUGGUGAUAAUAUGUACUUAAUUGUAUUUAAUUAUAGUUGUUAUACAAUGCUCAUCGAUUAUACAAAGCCCCGACAUAUAAUAGACGUAAGAUGGCAAUAUAGGGACCACAUGUGAGCUCAGUACAAAAUAUUCUAAGCAAUAAGCCUUUUUAGGAACAGGUGCCUUGAUUAUUCGAUUUUAUAAAAAAAAAAUAUAGAUACAUGUUGUUGUAGUAAAUAUUGCCUUCUCCCGGGUGUAAGGGAAACGUUUCCAAAAACAACUGAUUCUAAUCAUAUUUCAUUUAAAAAAAACAAAAUGUGUGCAAUUCACGCGUGGUAGAAGUGAAACCUUCCAAAAUUAAAAUACAAUUAUCCUAAAUGUCUUAAGUAUAUGUAAAAUUUUGUCAUUAGUAAAUAAUUGUAAGGUAGCGCCCUCUGUGAAUUGAUAUUUUAAUUUCACGUAUAAUCCUAAAUUAAAAUUCACUACAAGAGCUUUCAUACGCACGUUAGUAUUAAAAAAUCUCACAGAUGGCGCUGUAUUAAAUAGUAUGUAUAUUUCUGUCUCAUUCUUUGCUGGCUUCAUCCUACACAUUUUUGUAUUUGUGUCUCUUACCUGUCGUUUUUUCCGUUGCAUUCACGUUUGAAAUCACGAUUCUAAAGAUUUUUUCACUUCAAAAAAAUAUAAACGAAUCCUUGAAUUUUAAUCAUUUGCACGCAAUGUAUAACAAUGACGCGCGGGGUCAACAGCCUCAUGUGUUGUUAGGGUGUUGCGCCCACUAAGUGCGCGGGUUACGGAUUCGAGAAUUUAUUUACUUGCUCAGUCGAAUGUUAUAUUCAAUAUAAGAUGUUGUAUGCUUAUUACAUUGAUCUCGUAAACGAUUCCCUGGCACCCCAUAUUCCGAUCGACUCUUUGAAUUAAUUCAAGCAACGGAAAGCCUUAAUAAUGUUAUUCGUAUAAUCGCUGAACACGUACGUAAUCCUAAUGAACUUCAUUGACCUUAUUCUUAAAACAGACGUCCGUGUCUAUUUUGAAUUAACAAUGUCCACGUAUUGCAGGAUAAUGGAACUGUUCGAUGUUUCGGUAUUUAAAAAUGCUCCUUAUUAAUUAAAAAAACUGAAGAGAAAUGGUUGAUGUUUCUUAUUAUAUUAAUUUUGUCAAAUUUAAUUUACGGUAACGCAUGAUUUAAGGACAAUAACUAAGAAUGUCAUCUCUGUUGUCAGAGUUACAUGCGUUCAGGAAUGUACCAAAAUUAUCCAGCUUUCCUCAAAUAGAGCUCUCAAAUAGAGAUAAAACAUGAGGCAUUAUGUUUUAAGAUGAGGUCAAUUAACGAACUUUUAAUACAAUGAAAGUAAUAUAAGCUGGUAAACUAGAUUUUUCAUAUAGCACCUUAGAAAAAGUUUUUACUUACUACUUAGUAUGAGCACGCACUACGGUUCUUUGCGUCACUUCAACAGUGCCUUAUAAUUAAGAUAAAAAGGACUAAUGUUUUACAUGGUUAUUAAUGAAUAGACCUUUUUUACUUCUAAAAUUAUUUUAUGAUAAUCCUUAAACUUUGAUCACUCGGAUCGGAUCUUAAUCAAUGUCGUGAUCGGAGCGGCACGACGGUGCGAUAAAUCAUUGAAUAUAAAUUUUACUUAUACAAACAUUCUGCACCCGGUAUGUACGUUAUUGCAGUUUUAAAAAUCUCGCGCAUUCACUAAACUAACGAAUUGUCGCACAAUUUUCACCGAGAAAAAUGUACUUUUCCCCUGGCUCUUCGCUGGUAGCCUAAGAGGUUCCAGCUUCGCGCCGACGGGUAACUAAAAUCACGGGCUCAACCUGAGAAAUUUUGCUAAUACUAGCCCUAGCAAGAGCAGUGCUUCGCAGAAUCUAUCACCGGAUCGGAAUCGCAACCCAUUGAGAAGAUCCGUCGUGAAACACAAUGGCUGGUGUCUAUAGGUAAAAAGGUAUAUGUUUGAAUGAUAAACUGCGCGAAAACCUACCUGUGCGUCUGCGUAACAACUUCUUCAAAUCAUAAAAUCUUGCUAUGAAAGUCGACUCGCGUUUAGCCGCAGUGCGUGCAAACUUUUAGUUAUAAGAACUUAGGAAUAAGCAUACUGCCAAGAAUGUCUAUUAUUUUGUAAAAAAAACAUGCAACCAAAAAAAAAAACAUUUUGUUAGUUACAAUACAAUUAUAAUCAAUUAUCGUUAGUUAUCGUUUUAGAUAUUUUAUUAAAAUCUUAAGAAUGUUACCAGUUUAAUUUAUUAAAAUAAUUUCUGUUUUUAACUUAUUUCGUAACAUUAUUUUUUGAUCCAAAAAUUUACUGAAAACCUAAUUUAUUCAGUUUAGGUUCUUGUAAGUAAUGAGAAUCGUAAGAUUUGACAUCAUUGCAUGAACACCACACGCUUGGAUAAUGAGUGGACAUUUCAGUUACCAUCUGAAAAGCCGGAACGCAUGGUCAUUUAGUUUCAUUUAUACAUUAUUUUGUCGCACCAGUUAUUACUAACUGGUAAACUAAAGUUGUGUCGCAAUUUAUUUGGAAUUACGAUUAAGAAUAGUAUCAACAAACUUUAUCUUGUCCUUGUCCGGGUAAUGGGCAGAAAAUGUCUUUAAAUAUCAGAAAGGUGGUUAAAAUAAUGUAGGAAUUAGUGAGUGGAUUAAAUAACAAAUAAUAACGAUAUAUUGCUACUGCUAGCAGAUGUUUAGUGAAGCAGUGUGCUUAGUGCGAAUAUUUUAACGUUCUCACAGCGUAAAAGUUAACUCAAAUUUGUAUGAAGUUGGAACGUUUGGCUAUGUUUGCCGCCUAGGGGCGUUUUUCCAACUGCAUACAAAUUUGAGUUAACUUUUACGCUGUAGAGAACGUUAACAUAUUCGUACUAAGCACACAGGUCGUGGAAGAUGGCGCUCCAAACCCUCAGAUGUAAGGAAUAAGACUGCAGGAGAAGGUUGAAGCGUCUGUCGUGUCUAAGUCUCACUGGGUACCUGGUUUACUAGGCUUCGAGGAUUACUCACAAGCUGUGCCUUAUUUUGCAAAACACAUAAUAAUUGUUCACUUUCACGAUAAUUUCAAUCUAUAUUUUUAAUAUUGUUAUCUGACCUAGUCAUAGACAGUUUUGAUCUUAUUAGACGUAAGUUAUGUGUACCUACUAACAACAUUCUAACGGUGAAUACCGCUAUAGCACAACAAUCUAAUACCUACACAAAAAGUUUGCAGUCAUAGAUUGCAAACACAUUAUUUUAAAUUUUCAUGUUAGUUUAUUUUAUUUUUAAUUAGUUCUAGUAUUCUAAUAUCAACAUUUAUUUUUCAUUUUUGUUUUUUUUUUUAGUUGAUAUGUUGGCAACACUGAAACAAGUGUGCCUGUCCUAAAAUCGUUAGAUAUAAAACAGGAUCAAGGAUCGCUUUCAAUAAUUACGCUGAAAAAGUUUAAACGCGUCAAAACAGACGCUUGUCUGAAUUAUAACCGCCAAAUUCGUUUAGAAUUCUUUGGAGUUAUACUGAUGAAAACAUAUUUUGUAUCAUACCUUAAUUGUCAGCUAAUUGCAUAGCCUACUGUUAAUUAUUAAGAGUAAAUGCACAAACCAUUUGAAAAUCUUUUCUUUUUUUUCGAUUCUGAAUAUUAACUUCGUCGACUGUUUUUUAAUUUCAUUUCAAAAAAUGUAAUGUAACUUUUUGACGCGUUUAGGCUGAUGGUACAUUUUCUCUAUGGCAACUAGUAUAGAUUUUCAAAGAAAAAUAAAUCUACCUUACAUAUUUUUAAAUGUAAAUAAAGUAAUGAUGAAAUAAAAGACAUUAUUUUAAACUACAAA